UUUGACAAUUCGCUCAAUUUCGUUUCAGUUUUGCAAAAAUUGUUUUUUGCGGUGAUUGUUUAAUGAAUUGGGGAAAUUAGUGGGUGUGAUUUUCGUAAAUUUAACCAGUUAUUGUUUAUAAUGUUAAAAGUGUUCUUAUUUUAGUGAAAUAUACACUUUAUUUGCGAUGGAACCACCAAUGAGUAAGGCCGGUUACCGUCGCGCCAAGCUGUGCGUGCUCGGCGCGGUUAACGCUGGUACCUUCGCUGCCGCUGUCAACCUCGUGCUCACCCUGGACCCUGAAGACAGGAUAUCAGUGAAGCGUGGAUGCGCGUUAACUGCUCUAGGCUUCGUGUAUUUCAUGUCGCUGUUCGAGUUGUUUACAUUCGCGGCGCUCUUCACCACCUCGGGCUCCCGGCUGAGGCACAAAUACCGCCUCAACUGCGGCGAUGUACUCGAUAUUAAUAACAAGUUGGUGUCCGCGGUGCAGGCCGGGCUGUCGUGUGUGACUGGCGCGGUGGUGUGUCUCUGGUCGUGUACGCGCGACUUUAUGCGCUCCUCCCACUUCAUGUCCGAAGCUUACGCGUGGUUCGGAGCCGCCUACUUCUUCUAUGACAUCUGGUCUAUGUAUCUGGUACACGUACGACAAAUGGGUUUCUCGAAGACCAAAUCAUCAAAUGACAAAGUGAAAUCUUCGAACGAACCUAAGAACGUGGAGGAAUCUGAUUCUCUAACGACUAUAUCUGAGGAGGUCGGUUGUAUGGGUCCUAAGAAACCUAAAAGAGGUCCGAAAUGUGCCGCGUGUGGGGAUUGUUUGGGAGAAGGAGUUAAUAUAAUCUCUUUCUUCUCUUAUUGUCGACACGAACCAGUUAUACUCUUCCAUCAUCUUUUCAUCGGUGGUUUUGGAUUCCUUGUUAUUGUUUACCUCCGGGGUGGUUUGGGUGACUGCGUGUUCGGUUUUGUGUAUUUAAUGGAGCUGUCCACCCCGUUCGUGUCGCUGCGAGGGAUCCUGUCCCGGCUGGGUCUGAAGUCGUCGCGCGCGUACUUGCUGAACGGUCUCGCGAUGUUGGCGACGUUCUUCGUGUGCCGCGUCCUCAGCCUGCCUUAUGUCUGCUUCAUGUAUAGUCGAGUUAUCGGAUUGCCUUAUUUUGAGGCUAUAAAAUCACUUCCCACCGGUUGCAAGAUUUCUAUCUGCAUUCUUUUGCUGCCUCAACUGUAUUGGUUCUAUCUGAUGUCUGCGGGAGCGGUGAAGGUGUUUGUGGGUGCGGCGCGGGCGAGGGCGGUGGCGGGGGCGGGGGCGCAGACUGGGGCGGGGGCAAGGGGGCAGAUUGCGAUGGCGGGGGCGGGGGCAAAGUCCGGCGCUCCGCUCGCAGCCGGAGACAACCACAAGCGCAGCUGA